AUGACAACGAUAAAAGAGAAUGAAUUUUUGUGUGAUGAGGAGAUAUAUAAACGUUUUGUAGAUUUGAAGGAUAAGAUAUGUGAGGAAAGAAAAAAGAAGGAAGUUGUUAAUAAUAAUAUUGAUAGUGUUAAUUUUAAUGAUGAUGAUGGUAAUUCUUAUAGUUCCUACAUUAAGGAGAUGAAGAAAUUAUUAAAAGUUGUUCUUUUAAAAUAUAAGGCAUUAAAAUUUGGAGAAUUUAUUUUAAAAUCGAAAAGAAAAUCAAACUAUUUUUUUUCAAGUGGAGUGUUAAAUAAUAUUGUUUCUUCAAAUAUAAUUUGUUUUUUAUUAUCGGAAUUAAUAAUAAAAAACAAAUUAUCAUUUGAUUAUUUAUUAGGUGCUUCAUAUAAAGGUAUUCCUAUGGUAUCCUUAACAAGUCAUUUUUUAUUUGAAUCCAAAAAAUAUUCUAACAUUUUUUAUUUAUAUGAUAGAAAAGAAAAAAAAGAAUAUGGUGAUAAAAAUGUUAUUGUGGGAAAUCUUGAUGAUGAUGAAGAUAUACUAAAUUUAAAAAAAACAAAAAAUAAUCAAGAUGAAGAAAAGAAAAAUAUCGUAAUUAUUGAUGAUGUUUUUACUUGUGGAACAGCAUUAACAGAAAUAUUAGCCAAAUUAAAAACAUAUCAAAAUCUAAAAGUAGUAGCGUUUAUAGUAUUACUUAAUAGAAAUGAAUAUGAAAUAAACGAAAAUAAUCAAAAGAUAUAUUUUAAGGAUAUCUUUGAGAAAAGGGUAGGAAUACCUCUUUAUAGUAUAUUAUCUUACAAAGACGACAUACAGUCGAUGAUAUGA